AUGGUGGCUCAACAUUCUGGCAUCGCUUCACUCCAUCCCACUAUGUCCUCUUCUGCGUCUCAACUGGACUUCGUGACAAUCGACGUCUUUACGAACCAACCAUAUGAGGGAAAUCCUUUGGCUGUCGUACGCAUUCCACAUGGGCGAACUGUGAGCCAAGAACAAAAGCAAACAAUAGCUAGGGAGUUCAAUCUCUCUGAGACUACCUUCCUGCAUGAGAGGGACGAGGCUGUGCAAGAAGAUGUAUGGGCCGUUGAUAUCUUCAUGACGACGCGAGAGUUGCCUUUCGCUGGACAUCCAACCGUGGGAACGGCUUGCUACAUCUUAGGGAGAGUGACGCAAGAGCGUGGCAUUCAGACUGGUGUAGUCGAAGCGGAAUUCAAAUUGAAGGCGGGUCCAGUCGGGCUGAAGUAUGACGUUGCGAAAGGGACAGCGAAAGCUUCCAUUCCACAUGAUGUAAGUUACCGACGUGAGGAGAUCUUUGAGCUGCAGCCCCAACUAGCAGUCGCACAACAGCAGAAUCAAAUUCACGUCAAGGAGGACCAUGCUAUAGUAUCCAUUGUCAAAGGCAUGACAUUCAUUUUAAUCGAGCUCGAGAGCAUGCAUGCGCUGGAAAUGGUGUCCUUGACCGGUCGGAGUGUUGUUGUCGAUGGGUUAGACGAGAAUUGGAAGGACACGUUUGUGGGCACGUACUUCUUUGUACGCACUGGCAAACGCGCAGAAGGAGUAAGUACGUUACGAACUAGAAUGAUUGAAGGGCAGCUCGAAGACCCUGCCACAGGAAGCGCGGCCAGCGGCCUGGCAGCAUUCUUGUCUCUCACAGAAGGCAACGCCAAUGAGGCACUCAAGUUCCACAUCACACAAGGUGUCGAAAUGGGAAGGCGAAGCGAGAUCUUCAUCGACGUUGAACUCGCUAGUGAUAGGUCGAUUUCCAAAGUGUAUCUUGAAGGUGGAGCAGUCGCGGUGAUGGAGGGUCGUUUACGCAUCUGA